GUUGCAAGUGCGCUACAAAAAGUGAAGUUAUAAUAUAAAUAAUUAAUAAACUUUUCUUGAAUAUUAUUUUCAACGAGUGAAACUUCUGUAGUGCAGUGAGUGUGACCAUGGAGGAAAAGUGGAGACUUUUUCGUUUGUUGUUGUGGAAGAAUUAUUUGAUUCGAAAAAGACAUUGGAAAGUGCCAUUAUUCCUUCAAAUUUUGCUUCCCGUGUGUACAUUUCUGAUUAUGCAAAAAAUCAGAUCAUUAUCUUUUGAUCGAAAAAACCCCGAAAAUGUCAAGUAUUACCCUAUAGAUACGUUAACGAAGGAAAGUCUUGAGUCUCAUAAUAUUCUCCUCCACUAUGCACCAGAAAAUAAUUUCACUACCGCACUGGUGAAGAAAACCACACAAUGCCUCUCAAUUCAUCCUGCGAAUGUAACUGGAUUUCCUUCAGAAGAAGAAAUGCUGAAAAAUCAUUAUUUUGAUGACAGAGUUGGUGUAUAUUAUGCAAUUCUUGCAAUCAUAUUCAAAGAUGAUGAAUCCUCUUCUCGAAAAUACCUUGAUUAUACCGUAAGAUCUUCUCAGGACACUCCAAUUUCAUUAUUUGGAGGUGGUUUACAAGAUUAUUAUCAUUCUUUUUAUGCUCGAUACUGUUUUCUGAAUGCUGUUCCUUAUGUGCAAACUCAAAUGUGCAUCGAUGAAGCUUUUAUUAAUAUAUCAGCUCCAAAUCCUUCGAUUUCACAUAAGGUAUUCAUACAGAGAAUGCCUACAUCAAGAAAUGGGGGACGACUCCACUUUGAUGAAGGUUCGAGAUUAAUUUUUUCUAUAACAGCUGUCGGGGUUUUUUUCGUAACGCUGUGCCUCGAAGCUUCUUUUUCUGCAAGUGAAAAGUAUAUAGGAGUCAACAUUCUGAUGGCGCAAAAUGGAAUAAAGUUUCAUAUGAACUUAUGCAGCUGGCUCGUCAGUGGCAUUUUAUACAGCUUAUUUUAUACUACGGUAAUAACAAUAUCGAUUACAGAAGCUUUUGACAAUCCAUUUCUGUUUCACGGAAAUUCGUUUAUUAUUUGGCUUUUCCUCAUUUUCCACACUGCGCAUCUGAUUGCCUUUGGAAUGCAUAUCGCUUCUUACUUCUCAAACUUUCUAACAAUGAUGAUUAUUAUUCUGAUCCUGUAUGGAGGAGCUUCUUUAUUCCAAGGAUAUUUAAUAGAUAGUUUUAUAUAUUCAAUUAUACCAUACCUUGGAAUUAUUUUCCCCAACAUAUUGUUAUUUAGAAUGUUUCAAGAAAUGAACCUCUACGAAACGCUGGCCACAGGAGUUCAGUGGAGCAACAUGUUUCGAAACGCAGAUUCCUCUUAUUCAGCUGCUGGCAGUAUCGGUGUUAUGAUGUUAUUUUCGAUUAUCGGUACUGCUCUACAUUUUUUUUUAUGUGUUCACAUUUACACGAUAUUUCCUGGAAAAUUUGGUAUUCAAAAACAUCCAUUCUACUUUUUACAGAAGAAAGCUAAAUUCUACGAAGAAUUAGAUAAAGAAUUAGAAGAAUUUAAUUACGAUAACGCUGACGGAACGCCUUUUGAAAAAACACCCAGUGGGAUCUUUGCUCCUACUAUACAAAUUCGCAAUAUUAAAAAAUCGUACAAAAAGGAUUUAUGGAAUAAAAAUACACAAGAAGCAUUAAAUGGAAUUUCCAUCGAUAUUCACAAAGGCCAAAUUACAACUGUACUGGGCCAUAAUGGGUCUGGAAAAACUGCAAUGAUGUCCAUUUUAGCAGGUUUAUCUAGUCCUACCGAAGGAGUUGUACUUAUAGACGGGAAAAGUAUAAGUGACUUUUAUACAACUUUCUCAACAGAUUUAAGUUUCUGUCCACAAGAAAAUAUGUUUUUUCCCUAUCUGACUGUGAUAGAACAAAUGGAAUUUUUUGGAACGAUUAAAUGUUUAAAUAAAUCCGUGAGUCAACUUAAAAUGCUGUCUUUUCACGUCGAAAAGUUAUUAAGAAAACUAAAAAUUUAUGACAAGCGGAACUAUUUCCCCGAGGAAUUGCCUAAAAAUCAGCAAAGAAGGUUGUGUCUUGGCUUGAACCUAAUAACAAGUAAUGCAAAAAUUUUACUUUUCGAUGAACCCACAUCUGGAAUGGACGCUGAAAGCAAAAGAGAUACUUGGAAUAUGUUACUGGAAAUGAAAUGCGAAAAAACCAUCUUGAUCAGUACCCAGGAUACAGAAGAAGCUGACAUACUUAGUGACAAGAUCGCAAUUCUUCAUUUGGGAAAGUUAAAAAGCUAUGGAACCCCAAUCUUUUUGAAGAAACUAUACGGUCAAGGAAAUAUCGAAAUCACAUUCUCGAUAACCUCAUGGUGUGACACCGAAAUAGUUAGAAAAGAACUAAGCGAAGAAACUGAGCUUCUAAGAUUAGAAGAUGAAACAAUGGUUAUAUGUGUUCCAUACACAGACCAGUUAGCGGAAUCUUUAGAUGAAAUCGAAAGUAAAAAACGCGAUCUUGGUGUGACUGCUAUAAACGUCUCUCUAGUUACGUUAGAACAAGUUUUUCUGAAUUCAUUUUGUAAAUGCAAAAAGCAAUCACUUCAACUGUUUUCUCCAAGGGUGACAAAAAAGGAAGAAGAUGUUGAUUUCUCUCGACCUUUCGUAAACCUAGCAUAUUGUUCAAAAGACUACGAACUACUAUUGCAAACUAUAUAUGCAUUAUUUGAGAAGAAUUUCAUAAGAACUAGAAGAAGCUUGAGUAUACUUCUCCCUAUUAUGCUACUUCCGCUCAUAAGCAUUCUUCUGAUGACACUGAAUUACUCUUCUCUUAGUGAGACACACGAAUCUAGAUCUUUAAACCUUGGUCUCUACAAUAAUCCGCAGGUGAUGCUUUCUACAACUAAUGAAACCCUUCGCAACAAAUUAAAAAAUUUUGUUGAUAAUUCUAGUGGAACCACAAUUAACAUCGAUCCGAAUCUAAAUCUACAGAAUGAAAUUCUGCAAUUUUCGGAAAAGGAUAUUGCUGCGUUCCGUAACCACCUGAUAACAGCCAUAGAGUUCAAUGCAACCGCAAAAUCAAUCAACGCCAAUGCUCUUUAUUCAGAAACGGCAUUAUUUAGCAUUCCUAUAGGAGUAAACAUCAUAUCAAAUGUUAUGAUAAAAACAUUAGCUGGGGAUGAUUACAAUAUCCAUAUAUCAGACCACCCGCUUCCAACACUCAGAGAUAUUUCUGAGUUAAAUUCAGGGGUACUAACUCUUUUACUUAUAUGCUUUCUCUAUCCGGCUGUGUCACUUUAUGUGCUUCAUCCAGCAAAAGAACUCUCUUCUGGCGUUAAGCAUCUUCAAAUAAUGUCAGGGGUUUCUCCUAUUACAUACUGGAGUACUCAAUUCGUUUUUGACUUGUUUGUCUUCUUCAUUUCGGUAAUGCUCUGUUUGAUUGGAUUUCGCUUAAUGGAUCUGGUGAUCGGUCUGCAGUGUUUCCAAGCAACCGAACUAGCUGUUAUGGCACUGCUACUUAUGUUGUUUGCUGUUAAUGUUCUACCACUUCUGUACAUAUUCAGUUUCGUGAAGAUGUCGAAGACUGCCCUCGUUACUUUGUUGAGCUUUUUACCUAUGAUUUGCAUCUUUGUUGAGAUAGUGAAUCCGGGGAAAGUAUUUCAACUUAUUCCAUAUAACAGUUUCUUCAACGCACAUAUUAGUUUUCUAAACGUAGGAAUUAAAAAUGCCCAUUGUCGAUAUUUGGCACGCCAUCAAUCUGUUCAAUUGAUCGAAAUAUUUUGUGAAGAGAUGGAUUGUGUAAAUGGAACUUGUCAUAAACACAUACCCUACUUUGGAAAAUACGCCUUGUUUUCAUAUUCGAGAGUAACAAUGGAUGAAAGUGUUGCAUAUUUAUCGUUGACGCCGUUCAUAUAUUUUGCUAUUUUAGCUCUAAUAGAACUCAAUCUAUGGCAAAAGGUUUUAACGAGAUUUUUUAAUAAAAAUCCAAUAGCAAGCAACGAGGAAGUAGAUGAUCAAGUAAGGGAAGAAAAAUACUCAGUGGAAUUCGAAGUCAAUAAAUUAAAGUCUGAGAAAGCUUCCAAGAAAGAUAACAAGUUGUUGUCGGACGCCAUUCAUGAGGGUGAAAAUACAUUCCUACUACAUGAGUUAAGUAAAUAUUACAAAUCGAAGCCAAUUGUAUCAGACGUUAGUUUUUCCGUCAAAUCUGGCGAAUGCUUUGGAUUACUUGGAGUGAAUGGUGCAGGCAAAAGUACAAUUUUCAGAAUACUCACUGGCGAAGAACUUCCAAAUAAAGGGGACAUGUUUUUAGGAGAAAAAGACAUAUUCACUGAAAAAAGAGAGUAUCUUUCAAAAAUGGGCUAUUGUCCUCAAAAUACAGCCCUAAUUGAUUCACUUAAUGUAAGAGACCAUCUGAGAUUAUUUGCAUUCAUUAGAGGAGUUCCAAAACAUCAAGUUGAUUCUAAAGUUGAAGAGUGGAUUAAUAGACUUAAUUUGAGUGAAUGUGCUUCUCGUCCAAGCGCGACAUAUAGUGUAGGAAACAAAAGAUGUUUAAGCAUUGCAAUGGCUUUUAUUGGUCAACCUGAUUUAGUAUUAUUGGAUGAGCCCACGACUGGGGUUGAUCCUGCCUCUCGAAAAUCACUUUGGAAUAUGAUUAAAUCGUUUUUAAGAUCCGGACAAUCAGUUAUACUUACGUCCCAAAGUAUGGAAGAAUGUGAAGCCUUGUGUAACCGACUAGCCAUAAUGUCAAAAGGUCGUCUUGUCUGUAUUGGACCAACUCAAAAAUUGAAAGAGCGUUUUGGCCAUGGUUAUAACAUACAUAUAGAAUUAAACCUUGAACGAACACAAGCUGAAACGGAAGCUAUAAAAACUGAUAUUGAAAAUGCUUUAAAUUGUGAACUUGGAGACGAACAUGUGGGAUAUAUGACUUUCUUUGUCACUAAUUCUGAGACACCUUGGAAGACAAUGUAUGAGUUAAUGAAUGGAUUAAAAUAUAAGUAUCCCUGUAUAGUAGAUUUUACCAUACUUUCAGCUACUUUGGAACAAGUCUUUCUACGAUUCGCAAAAGCUGAUAUACAUUAGUUCCUUGUUUUCCAGUAAUACAUUGGUCGAAAAAGAGAUGUACUUAUUAAGAAAUGCUUCCAGUGUUAAUUUCAGAUAUUUAAGGUCGUUUAGCAUAAUAUGUAUGUGUAAAUAAAUCUUAUACUGUCGUAA